UCAGAGCGGCGGGGCGGUGAGCCGGGCACCGGCCGCUCCGCUGACACCGCCGGACCCGGAGCCGAGCCGAGCCCUGCCAGGUAGAAGGACACAGAAGAGAAGAUGGAUUGGGGAUCUCUGCAGGCCAUCUUGGGAGGUGUAAACAAACACUCCACUAGCAUCGGGAAGAUAUGGCUCACGGUCCUGUUCAUCUUCCGCAUCAUGAUCCUGGUCGUGGCUGCAGAGAGAGUCUGGGGAGAUGAACAACAAGAUUUUGUCUGCAAUACCCUUCAACCUGGGUGUAGAAAUGUUUGCUAUGACCACUUUUUCCCUAUCUCUCACAUCAGACUCUGGGCCCUGCAGCUGAUCUUUGUCUCCACGCCUGCGCUGCUGGUGGCCAUGCACGUAGCUUACACCAGGCACGAGAAGAAACGGCGCUUCAGAAACGGUGAGAAAAUUGAUAUAGAAGAGCUGAAGAACGAAAAGAUUCACAUUCGAGGUCCCCUGUGGUGGACGUACACCAGCAGCAUCUUCUUCAGGAUCAUCUUUGAAGCGGUCUUCAUGUACGUGUUCUACUACAUGUAUGAUGGGUACCAGAUGCCUCGCCUGGUGAAGUGUGAUGCGUGGCCCUGCCCCAAUGUAGUGGACUGCUUUGUGUCUCGGCCCACCGAGAAAACCACCUUUACUAUUUUCAUGCUUGCUGUGUCCGGGAUCUGCAUGACAUUGAAUCUGGCUGAGUUGUGUUACCUAGUGGCAAAAAUCUGCAUGAAACAAUCCAGGAAAACAGCAGCUUUAAAAUAAUCUCCCAGUUCCAGGAUGUCCUAGCUCCCCAUUUCCCUCAAAUUUUCUUAGGUGUCAGAAAACAAUCUGCAAUAUUUUCACACUCAAAGAAAAGGACAAAUAAAAGGGCAUAUUUUUAUAAUGAUAGCCUGCUUGGGAAGCUGACACUGAGGCAAAUUUCAAGGUUAUGGGCUAAUUCAGUAUUCUUGCAUCCACAAAUAGAGAGAAAAGUCUUUUGGCAGCAGCUUUUCCAAGUUUGCCUCCUGCUGUAAUGGUCACUUCUCAAAAAGGGGGAGUGGAAAAGCCCAGAGAAGGCUCUAGUGCCCACAAAAGAGCAGGGAAUCACAAACACAGUGUCAGCUUCAGAGGCAGGCCAAAAACAAAGAGUUUUGGUCAAAAGUGGGAUGAAGGGUUUUUUGGGAGGAACUUCCAGAUCCUGGAGAAGACAGACAGGAUCAUUAUAGCAUGUGUCCUAUUCUCUCUAAGCAUUCUGGAGAGACAUGAAUUCCUUAGCAAAUGCUAUCAGCUUUGCUGGGGACCAGCAUUUUUUUUUUUAUUAUUUGUUUUUUCCUGCACUGUGGAGCCACUCGUAUGUGGCUGGGGGUGGUCAGUGCUCCUCCCUCCACUCCCAGGGGCUGCAGCAGUGGGAGGAAUUAAGUUUAUUUUUCCUUCUUUUGGUCAGGUGAAAGAAAAGGGCUGUUGCCUCCCCAACAUUUUGUGGAGAAUCUCAGUACAGCAGAUUUUAUUUGAUAACACUUUAUCACCUGACUGGGCCUCCUUCAGCUGUGUACCUUUAACAUUUUUUUCAGUAAAGAUCAAGAAAAAUUGCCUCAUUGUUUCAUUCUGUUUGUUUUCCAGAAGUGCUUCAACACUUACAGCAUGAUACCCAGUAGAUUACACCUAUUGGUGCUCCUUCCAUUAAUGUUUUUUUUUUCCCCCCCUUAUUACUCAUCCAUCCUGUGUAACUUUUCUUCAUGAAACCUUCUCCCACUCUGAGGUACCUUUGGAGUGAGUGCACCAAACCACUCCCAGUCUCUGACAUUCCACGUUGUGAGACUGAAACACCCUUCCUCUUGUUGCCAUAUGUUCAGCAAGAAUUACAGACAAUUUGCGGAGCUGAAAUAGCAGAGUGUCCCAAUCAGAAAUGAGGAGGAUCUUGAGAAUUUGGUGUUUUUCUUAAAGUUCACAUUGCUGAGCUGUGCAUUGUACCUUACUGACUUGAUCUAUGUGAGUCAGUCUUUUCUCCAGAGAAGUCUUGAAACGUGUUCUGCUUUUAUGCCUGUCCUAGGCAGCUACACCAGCACAUGUAGCAGUGCAGCGAACCUCCCAAGUGCCUGCCCGUUGAACUCACUUCUAGAAAGCUGCCUGUUUCUUCUUAGCUUUAAUAAUUAGCUUUCCUCCCAAAAGAAUGAGCGUUAUCUUAGGUUCUCUUUUUUUGCAUCUGUCUCCUCAAAUACUUUUAAGUUUAUCACUGUUGGAUAAACAAAGCUGCCUUAAUUAAGACUCGUGACCCCUCACUGUGCCCUGGAAGUGGAGCACAAGCAGGCUCCCCUUGCUGGUGUGCUGCAUCCAGUGUUGCAGCUUGACUGCAGAUGGAAAUCUUUAACAGGGGAGCAGGGAAAAAAAAAUAGGAACAACAUCCUUGGAAGCAUGAACAAAAUGAUGGAAAGUCAAUAAUGAGAAACUGGAAACCUGGUCUCUGAAAACAUCCUUAAUUCAACUCUAAAGAACAAAGUUUGGCACAUACAAGGUUUGUGCUUGGUAAAGUUCCUGCAUUGUUCUGUGUAUGAGCACAAAGAACAAGCUAUCUACGUUCCCGGUGCUCUAGUAUUACAUUUCUUUUGUAACAACAAGAUUUUUAUUUUCUGCCGAAAGCGUGAUUAAAGCACUUUUGUGGUGUCUGUUUUCUGUAUUACUUCUAUGUGCCAUGUAUUGCCUAACGUGUCUAAUGAAAGUCUGUUUACUGCAAUAGAAAACGUAUGCACCAAUAAUACAUUUAAUAGCCAAGAGCUACUGUAAGCAUUUUAUCCUUCUGCCACAGCUUGUUUUCAACCACUUACACUGCCUUUGCUACCAGCUACAUCCUGCUGACUUCAUGAGCCCUUAGUGGAAGGCCACAUGUGUGAUCAGUGCUAGAAAUCAAAUAUGUUGUGUAAAUCCUUCCUGUACUAGCCGUAUGCAGCUGGAAAAAGCUCAUUAACAACCUAACCACUCCAUAGGGGGGUGAGUUUGUUUUCCCAGAGUGCCUUUAACUGGAACUUCAAACGAGCUGCACCACAACUGGUAACGCCAGCAAGAUGAGGUUAAGUAUCUUCAGCUAGCAGUUUGGCAACCAGGUUUUAUGUAAGGGAAAAAAAAAGAUAGAAAUUGGGAAUGUGGCUGGAAGUGGCCAAGAGAGGAGUUCAAUUUGGAACUGCAAUAUCAGAGGGUAAUAGCUCUAGCAGGAGGUGUUUAUUGUCUCUGAGAUUUCUGUUUAUGUUUUUAUUUUUCUAAAAAGCUGCUUUGUAGGGAAAAAAAAUGUUCAGAUAAUAGAAACUAAACACUUUGCACCUAUUUCUGUGUGCUACAUUGCAUGGUUGACCUACAAAUAGAUUUGAUACCGAUUAAAAUACAAUGCUGUUUUGGAA